AUGGUGUACAUCCGGCAGAAGCACCUUCCAAACCUCAAGAACUACAAGUACGCUGGUGUCGACCACUCGCCUAUUAGUCGGUACAUCCUCAAGCCGUUCUACAACAAAUGUGUUAUCGGUUGUUUUCCCAUGGGGAUGGCACCUAAUGCCAUCACCCUCACCGGCUUCAUGUUCGUCGUUCUUAAUUUCAUCACUGUCAUGUGGUACAACCCGAACCUCGAUACGGAUUGCCCGACUUGGGUUUAUGCCAGUUGCGCGCUGGGCUUGUUCCUAUACCAGACCUUUGAUGCUGUAGAUGGCAUGCAGGCACGGAGGACGAGACAGAGUGGGCCUCUUGGAGAGCUCUUUGAUCACAGUGUCGACGCAUGCAACACCGGACUCGGCGUGCUGGUCUUCGCAUCAGUAAUGAACCUCGGCCAGGGCUGGAUGACAUUCAUUACCUUGUUCGGAUCAACCCUAACCUUCUAUGUCCAAACAUGGGACGAAUACUACACCCAAAUCCUAACCCUAGGCGUGAUCUCCGGACCCGUCGAAGGCCUCUUGACAAUCUGCACCGUGUACGCCUUCACAGCCUACGUAGGCGGCGGCAGUUUCUGGCACCAACCCAUGCUGCAGACCUUCGGCCUGUCGAAGCCAAGCUUCCUCUCAAACACACUCUACGAAAUGCCCUUCACACAGUGGUACCUCGUCUACGGCGCCUUCGUACUCAUCUUCGCAACGGGCUCGAGCAUCAUGCACGUCAUGCAAGUGCGUCGCGAGCGCGGCCAGGAUCCCUUCACCCCGCUGUAUGGUCUGCUACCCGUUGCUGUGAUCUGGAUGCUCGUGCCUACCUAUCUGUACCUGCAGCCUGCCAUCCUAGAGAACUAUACCAUUCCCUUUGGAUUGUUCGUUAGUCUGGUUAAUGCUUACUCUGUUGGGCGGAUGAUUGUCGGGCAUCUUGUUCAGUCGGGUUUCCCCUAUCAAAAUGUGCUGCUUUAUCCCCUUGCGCUGGGUGUUCUUGAUAGUGCUGGUGCGCUUAUGGGUUUCUAUGAAGCUCCUGUGCUUGGGUAUGGUGUCGGCCAGGUUGCUUUCGUCUUUGUUUGUUUGGGUCUUGCUGUUGGUGUUUAUGGUAGCUUUGUGUUCGACGUCAUCACCACGAUAUGUGAUGAAAUCGACAUCUGGUGCUUGACCAUUAAGCACCCUUUCACCGAGGAGACAGAGCACAAGAACGGUGCCGCAAAGAAGACCAAGUAA